AACAAAUCCGUAACCUACAGGAAAAAGAUGAAUUUGCAUGAAUGACGCUGAAAAUCCCCAGACAGUGGCGAGAUUGUUGUGAAAUUUUUAGUCGCAAUCAACCUGUUAUGGAACCCCACUCUCAGUUUGCUCUAGAAGUCACCGACUUCAGUUCUCAAUAUGGAAGUGAGACAUCUAUUUCCUAUACUGCUUCUAACUUAGCUGGGAAAUGUAAUAUCUACCCAGGUUAUGGGGAUUUUACACAAGCCUGUGUCUUUAGAACAUAUGGGCCAUGGUGGAAAUAUGCUCCUUCUGGAAGGCGGAAGUUUAAGCGAACACCACCAAACUUUGUUAGCCAGGAUUAUAUUGAGUUGGAAUUUGAAUAUGAAGUAUUUCCCACAAAAAUUGACAUUUAUGAGACAUAUAACCCAGGAACUAUUGUCAGAAUUCUCGCAUGUGAUUCCUCAGGCACUGAUGUGGACAAAGGAAUGGCCAGGUGGAAAGUGUUAUGGGAAGGCCCCCCUGAAAGAGCCCCAGCUGAUUCUCGAAUCUUCUCACCACAACUCAGGGAGAUCAAUUUCCCUACCAAUGUCAUCCGGAUAGAAGUUUGUCAUGAUCUGUGUGAUUACUACACUGAAUUGGAUGCUGUCUAUCUCCAUGGCGAGGAUUGUCAUGGUAAAUACAUCAUGGAAAUGGCCUCCAGUGAAAGUUCAAAGGGCAUCAGUCAACUAGAGGAAAGACUCCAUAGUUUCACUCUCAGGGAACAGAAAACUACUGCAGUUGAAAGGAAUACUUUCAGUAUAGAAGAAUUGCCAGAAGAAGUCAUACAGUUAAUAUUAAGCUACCUCGAUAUCCCUUCCCUCUGUAAAGCCAGUAUCACCUCAAAGUUUUUCUAUAAGCAUUGUUAUGAUUCCCUUCAAUAUAAGGAGCUAGAUUUACAGCCACACUGGACAGAAGUGAAUAACUUUGCAAUAGACAGUUUAAUGUCAAGGUGUCAGUUUCUCCAGCAUUUAAACAUAUCUUGGUGUGGAGGAAAUCAGAUGUCUAUAUCUGCAGGUACUUUCUCAAGAUUUUUAGUGGCAUGUGGCAGGGAUCUUCAAACUCUCUAUAUGUCUUCAUGUAAAUUUGUGAAUGGAGAAGUUAUAAAGGCUGUGGCAGAAAAUUGUCCAAAACUUAAAGAGUUAGAUGUAGGGAGUUGUCCGUCUCUAGAUGGACAGUCUAUAUCACACCUCUCUAGGAUCCAUACACUGGAGAGACUUAAUCUGUAUCGAUUACCAGUAGAGAGAUACAGUCUCAUGGAAGUCUUAAGGCUUUCUCCAAAUUUAAAACAUUUAAAUUUAGGUUCAACAAGAAUUGGUGAAAUGCAUAUAGAUAUUGUUAUGAAAAUAUUGGGGAAACAUUGCAAGAAACUAAUCUCUCUAGACUUAUGGAGGAGUAGGAUAUCAGAGACUGGACUAGACUAUAUUGCUGAGAACUGUAAACAGAUUGAGGAGUUAGAUCUAGGCUGGUGUUCAAAUUUGAAGGCAGGUACCUACUGUUUCAUUGAUCUUGUAAAGAAGUGUCCCAACAUUAAGAAGUUAUACCUAACUGCUAAUAGGACUAUUUGCAACGAAGAUCUCUUAGCCUUUUGCAAGUAUUGUCCAAAGUUAGAACAAUUAGACAUUUUAGGUACAGGCAAUGUCAGUCGAGAGAGUGUUUUCAGUGUCCUGACCCAAUGUCAGAAGUUGAUGUUCCUGGAUAUAUCAUUCUGCGCUAAUGUUGAUGUAGAUGCCGUAACGCUCUGGUCAGCACAGUUCCCACGGUGCAGCAUCAAACGAAGCUUUCAGGACUAGCUCAUUGCAGAGUUAUCUUUAUUGAAUUACAGGCAAACUUUGGUAUCUCAACACUAGAUAUGUUGAUGUACCUCCAUGGUCCCGACGAUAUUUACUAUAAAUACUAGUAUAAAUGUUUUUGAAACCUUGGACAUCUCAACCUUGAUAAUCUCAACUAUCCUUCUUCUCCGUGUACAUUCACAGCCUAAAUAGCAAUAUGUCAAACGCCAGAUCAGUUUUCUGCUCUGUUAAACCUAAAUGUUUGGUUACUUAUCAUGCAGUAAAUCUACUGCUCUUUGCUAGAUACUAGUAUCUAAAAUUUAACAUUUUAUGAUGGUACUGUCUAGGUUGAAAUCCAAAAAGUUUGCUGUAUUUGCAUUUAAUUACAUGUAUAAAUUGCACUGUAUUACAUAAUUUGUGAUUAAUUCAAGCAUUCUAAUCAUUAUAUUUGACCAAGGUAGAUUAAUUCAAAACUGUUUUUAUGUAUUUUCCAGAUUUUAGUAAGCAAAUGCGAUUUUUCUUUAUCGGUACUUUAUUGUCUAAGAAGAUUUUUCCCGGGUAAAAUUAAGUAGGUAAUUUUGAUAAGUACUCAUCUACGCAUUUAAAUUUUCUCAAAGUCCAAAAAAGUUUUCUCAUCAGUCUAUAGAGAGGAUCCUUAAAGACACAUUUAAGUGAUCAAAUCUUUGGACACACAUAUACAUUUUACAAAAUAUAUGAGCUAUUUUUCAAUAAUCAUUGCAUUUAUUUUAAUUUUAAAAUUUAUUUAGUUUUUAUACUUUCUUUUUUUUAACAUUCACUUGAACAUACUUAUGUAUAAUUAGUUAUUAUAAGUAGUUAUAGAGACAAUGCAUCUCCUUAUUGUUAAACUAUUAUUGAAGUUAAUGUUUCAGUUUGUGCCUUUUAUGUAAAUGAAGAUGACUGUGAUAUCACAUGUUGCUUGGUUUUUAAGUGUGUAUUUGUUUUAUGCAGUGACACAUUACACAUAGAUUGGGAGUGGGAAAUGGUGCAAUAAAUAGAGUUUCAAAAUCUUUAAGUUAAAUGAAAUAUUGUAAUGAACGAUGGCAUUUCUGGCUUUUUAUAAGUGGAUUUAUUUUAUUAUCAUCUAUGAAUUAUAUGAAUUAUAUUUCAAAGCGUAUUUGUAUCAAUAUGGUAUGUUUGUUAAAUCUUCAA